GAGGCCGGCGAAGAAAUUAAAGACGACUUAGUCCCACAAAUCGAAAGAAAGCACUUUGAAGAGGCGAUGUUGUCUGCUAGAAGAUCCGUUUCAGAACAGGAUAUUAGAAGAUAUGACUCGUUCUCGAGCACUUUGAAACAAUCAAGAGCAAAGUUGGACCAAGACAUGGGAGCUUCUAAUACUGCUCAUCCACAACAAGCCACCCCUAAUGGAGCUCCACAAGCACCAGCUAAUGCAGCUCUUGUCAGCGACUUGCUCAAAGAUAAUGACAAUAAGGAUGGUGCUGGAGAAGACUACUAA